AUGAACCUUUUUGCAGAAUUUGUUAAUCUUCACUAUUCCCCAUCCCCUUAAGAGCAACAACUCCUAGAAGAAAUCAAAGCUGAGAACUUGAUAUAACCAAUUGAAGAAUAAGCAGAUCCUUUCAAAUUCAAAGGGCUCCUUGAUUCCUACUUAGAUUCCUACAACAGAACUUAACCACCAAAAAUCAAAGAUCAUCUCAUUAAGUUCCAUUAACCAAUAUCAGAUUGGGUUGAUCAACCUGUAUUUUUGUGGGAAAUCCCUCGGGAUGUCUUAGACCAAUUAAAUAGAGGAUACUUUAAAUUAUAAAAUAUAAGACAUAAUCAUGGCUCAGAAUCAGUUAUGUUGACUCAACAACUCAAAGCAGCCCAAGAUCAUACAGAAAAAUCAUACUUCUCAAUGUCCUUGUAAAAAUACCUUGAUUACUUACAUGACCCAAUAGAUUUCUUCUUCAGGAACAAAUAAUAUAAUCCAAACAAAAUUCUCUCCUUGUUUGAUUUAUAAAUUGAGAGUUGGGAAGAAGAGUCCUUUAAAUUAUAUGAAUACAUCCCUUAAUGCUUUUUAAAGGAGGAUGGCUUGAGUUAUUUAAGAACAAAAAUCAAAAAUGUUAAUGAACUCUAAAUUAACAUCAUGGCUCCAGGGAGUUGGUAAGGAGCAAAGCAAGAACCUGGAGCAGUCAAUCGAAUUAACUUGAAUCAUGGACCUGGAGACUGUUUAUGGAUUGUUAUUGAUCCAGAACAUAUUGAAAACUUAUUCUAAAAUGAAAAACAAUUUAUUCUAUAACAAGGAGAUUACUAUUUAUAAAGAGAAUGCUUACAGAAAUAUGGCAUCCCUUAUAAGAGAUUCAUUUAAAAACCCGGAGACCUCGUUAUUUUAGGGGCAGGAGCCUACUAUCAAAUGGAAUGCUUAUCUACUACAAUCACCACUGGUUGGAGCUACUUGGCUAUGAAUUCAUAUUCAUAUCAACAAAUGAUGAGACGAUAAUAGAUCAAUAUCAAAUACUAAAUAAAGCCUGAGUUCCCUCUCAAAAACCUAUUCUUGGAUAUAUAUAUCCAUAAUAAGAAUGACCAAUUGAGAAUCUAUCUCCUAGAAUUCAUAAAUUAAGAACAAAAAGUAAUAAGAGAAUUGAUUCAAAAAAAGAAGGUCUACACAUUGGAUAUCAAUUAUUUAAUGAGGAAACAUUGCUUUUGUGUUGAAUGCAAAGAAGAAAUAUUUUUAUUUUGUUAUCAAAUCUAGCAAAAAGUCCUUUGUUUGAAAUGUGACAAAAACUAUUAGGUUCAAUGUUAAUACAAUGUCAACAUUUUAUAACUUCUCUUAUCCUCUGAAGAUUCAAUAAAAUGUUCGUAUCAUUAUUGUUCUUAAUAUGAAUAACAAAACAUUAAAUGCACAGCUAAAUUUAAACAAUCAAAAAAGAAGAAACCUAAAAGUCCUUAAUCAAUAAAGGAGAGUUCCACUUCAAAUAUAGAGAAUGUACUCAGAUAGAAGAGUUAUAUUUAAGAAGAGGAAAAAGAAUCUAAUCAAUAAAAACAAAUUAAGAAAUCAGAUAAAAAACAAAAUAAUCGGGAACUCAAAGUGAAAGUUGAAUAAGUUGACUCAUUUAAACAACUCAAACCUUAAAAACAUUAAACUAACAAAGAUAUAUAAAAUUAAGAAUCAAAAUCAAUAUAAAACCCAGAAAAGAUGGAUGAUGAUAGCAACAAAGUAAUUUAGAUUGUAGAUGAACCUCCUAAUCUUAAGACAUAUGUAAUAACAACCAGAAAGAGAUAGUAAAUAUUGGAAAUUAAAAAAGAUGAAGAAAUAAAGAAAAAGAAAUAAUCAUCUGUUAAACCAGUAAUUAAAUCAGAUAAACAGAAACAAAAAUUCACAUCUAUUUACAACAAAGUUAGAUUGUCUGAAGAAGAAAUGAAUGAGAUCUUAGGUCUUUAAAACUAGCAAGCACAAGACAGAAUUUACAAAAAAGGAGAGAAGAUUUUAACUCUUUGA